CAUUUUUUAGGACACCGUUCGGAGGAGAUAGAGCAAGACCUUAUCAGUCUGCGACAGGACGUUAACGCUGUGUCGGUUGAGCUGAAAUUGAACCUUCGAGUGGAGGACGAUUAUUUACACGAAAUAUGCCGAUACGGUGGGAAUGAAAUGCACUCGAUAGCUGCGGUGAUGGGCGGCUUAGGCAGUCAGGAAGCGAUCAAGCUCAUCACAGGCCAGUUUGUGCCCAUAGAGAACACCCUGAUAUACAAUGGCCUAGACAAUAAGUGCACUGUACUCAACUGCUGACCCAGCGAGCCGCUCGGUGAUACUUGAGCCGUGCUUGAACGGCAGGAUUCUGGUUAACUAAUUGGGGUUGGUGGCGCCUUGCUACGCUUGCAGGAGCGAAUGAGUGACAUUUGGCCCGUACUUUACUUAGACUGUACAGUUUAUUUAGUUGAUGGUGGUUGUAGACGCUUACCCUUGGCUGGCAGAACAACCCGCCAGGCUACUCCGCGUACUCGACGCCAAAUAUAGCAUGGAUCAACUCAGUCUAAAUAUAGAUCUGUGUCGAGACUUAUCGAUUUUGCCACAGAUUUUGACUGCGCCAACCCGUCGCCUGCAGAUUACACGUCAUCCAAUAAACACCCGAGCACACACCAAUUUCAAUCGGAAGAACCCGAACCCGAACACCCGCGUACAAUUCCUUCGUUCCGCCCUCCCCAAUUACUGCCCCAUUUUCUCCCGCAAAUCCCCUUUUCUGCCUCAUUUUCUUGCACGAAUCGCACAAUCUGCCCCAUUUUUAUUUUCCGCAAAUCCCACUUCGCUAUCGCAGGAUAAGCCCUGCGAAGGCCUUGAUGCCCUGCACAUAUUGUCCACUCUCACGUUUGUUCGUGCCUUGCCUGUAUCUGUAUCUGGUAUACAUCCAGUGGCGACGAGCCUUGGCUGUCGCAUACAUUGGCUGAUAGCAUUCCUGUAUUGUGACAUAAAUUCCAUAUAUAUAUAUACAUAUAUACAUACAAAUAUAUAUAUAUAUAUAUAUAUAUAUAUAUAUAUAUAUAUAUAUAU